GCAUUUCUGUUUGCAGUCUGCUGUGACUAGAGAAAGGUGGUUUUCGAUUGCUUUUUAUUUUCUCCGGAUUGAAGACUCUUUUUUGCCACAAUGCCUGAGCCAGCCAAGUCUGCUCCCGCUCCCAAGAAGGGCUCCAAGAAGGCGGUGACCAAGACGCAGAAGAAAGGCGACAAGAAGCGCCGCAAGAGCCGCAAGGAGAGCUACUCCAUCUACGUCUACAAGGUGCUGAAGCAGGUUCACCCCGACACCGGCAUCUCCUCCAAGGCGAUGGGUAUCAUGAACUCCUUUGUGAACGACAUCUUCGAGCGCAUUGCCGGAGAGGCUUCUCGCUUGGCUCAUUACAACAAGCGCUCCACCAUCACCUCCCGGGAGAUCCAGACGGCCGUGCGCCUCUUGCUGCCCGGGGAGUUGGCCAAGCACGCUGUCUCGGAGGGCACCAAGGCUGUCACCAAGUACACCAGCUCCAAGUAAGCAGAUUGUGCUGCUUAGAAAAGAACUCAAUAACCCAAAGGCUCUUUUAAGAGCCACCCACUUUCUCACAAAAGAGCUUGAGUCAUUUUUCAUCCUGAGUUCC